CAGAUGGCGCCACAUCCCAGUCUGAGCCACAGAGUUUCCUCUUCACAGUGUCAAGAGCUGAGAGGCAUCAUCACGCCCUUCCUCUCUCUCUCUCUCUCUUCCCUCCUCCCAACACGUGUAACAGAGACAAACACACCCAAUCAAGAUAAAGGAAAAAAAAAGACGGACAUAAUCAAAAGACACAAAAGACUAACCUCUCCCCACACACAAACACACUAAACAGCCCCCAACCCCCUUUAAAAAACGACACAAGCCCUUAAUUAAAAAAAAAGAAAAAAGGAUGGAACCGCACCCGAAGAGGAGGAAGCGACCCUCCUUCAGCGACGAGGAACUCCGCGUCCUCCUCCAAGAGGUGUCCAAGAGGAAGAAGGUUCUCUUAGGGAAAUUCGACGCCAUUUCCGUCACCGUCCAGAGCAAGGUCGAGGCCUGGGAUGCUGUGACAGAGGCCAUUAAUGGGGUGAGCUGUGUCAUGAGGGAGAGGGAGGAGGUGAGGAGGAAGUUCGCGCACCACAGGUGGUUCGUGAAGAAGAAGGCCAAGGCGAAGGGGAGGAGAGGGGGUAAGACAAGCGACGCAGAUACCUUAAGCGACCCGGAGGAGGCAAUGUUGUCGAUGAUAAGUGAGACCGUGAGCAACAGUCACUCAGGUGUUUGUGAAUCUGAAAGUCCCUUGAGGUCUGUGUGUGAAGACACUAGUGAAGCAGUUAGGCUGACGCCCUUGAGAUCAGACAUAGAAGACCACAGCGUAGGGAAAAGCGACUUCAUCAGCUCCAAUGCAGAUCAUUCAUUAAGAGGACUUCGGAACUUUAGGAUGAAUAGGAGAGGAGCAGAUAGUGUUCAAAAGCUUAAUGAUGACACUGAGGGGACCCCAUUAAGAAUAGAAAAUGAAGAGACAAAUCCAACUGAGACUGAUAUUAGUGACGUUGUUACGAGCAGAAGCACGAUGGAAGGCCUACGACAUUUCCGGAUAGAUAAGGAGGAAAUUAGCAAAGAUCAGACCCUGUUGCUGCGGUAUUUUAGGAAAGAAAUGAAGUCCAGUGGAAAUUCAAAAUUAACCAAGAAGGACCACCACUCAAAUUCAGAAAAACUUAAAAUCUGGAGUCAUGAAGGUGUGCUCCAACUAGUAGAAGCAUACAGGACCCAUAUGCACAUGUUCAGUAUGACCUCUCUGAACAGCAGCCAGAUAUGGUGUAAAAUUGCAGAGGCAUUACAGGACAGUGGCUACACGUACACAGGAGAAUUAUGUAAAAGGAAGAUGCAGAAUUUAAGUACUAGGUACAAAUCCAUCACAGAAAACCAAGAGAAUGGCAGGGGAAGAAUCAAAUGGAGUAAAUGGGAAUAUUUUGACACCAUGCAGGAUCUCUUUGCCGGCAGCCCAAGUGGAGACACCUCGUUUGAGACCUCCUUAGACCUUUCAUUACCUACUGACCCUGAUGAUGAUCCCUUACAAGUGGAUGAAGUCAAGACAGAGCAAGACUGUCUUUCACCAGAAUACACUGAUGACUCUUUACAGUGGAGUGGGGUUAAGACAGAAUUCUGUCAUUCAUCAUCGGAACCUGAUAACUACUCUUUAUCAUGGGAGGAUGUUAAAACAGAGGAGAGCUCGCUUUUCCCAGAGCCUGUUGAGGAUUUACUGCCCUGGAGUGGUGUCAAGGUUGAACUUUGCUCAUCAUCUAAUACAGUACAUUAAUCUAAUUGAACUGGUCAAUAGGAUAACAUGAGAGUGGACCAACCCAGCUGAAGAAUAUAUUAAUUUUAUCCCUACGACCAUAAAAAAAUAUUUAUUUUUUUAAAAUAUACUUUACAGAUUAUUUAAAAA